UCCCACCUCCCACCUCCAACCGCUUAUACCCACCAUCAACCAUCAUCAUGUCCGGUCCCUACGAUAACCAGAACCCAAACUACUACGGCCAAGGAGGCUACCCCCCUCAGCAAGGCUACGGGCAACCACAAACCGACCCGUAUAACCAGGGCCAAUAUCCUCCCCAACAAGGCUACGGCCAGCCUGCUUAUGGCCAACAGCCACCACAGCAGCAGUAUGGCGGCGGUGAUCAGCAGGCAUACUACGGCCAACAGCAACAACCGUACGAUCCCAACCAGCAAGCUUAUCAACAACAACCACAAUACGAUCAACAAGGCGUACAACAACAACAACACCAACAAGACGGUGCUCCAGGCGGCGCUCAGCAAGGCGAGCGUGGUAUAGGCGGUGCCCUGACCGGUGGGCUAGCAGGUGGCUUCAUGGGCCACAAGGCCAACCACGGUAUCCUUGGCACAAUCGGCGGAGCGAUCAUAGGCAGCAUUGCCGAGGACAAGCUCAAGGACAAGAAGAAGAAGAAGAAGCACGAUGGGCAUCACCACCAUGGAAGCAGUCAUCACGGCGGCAGCGGGUAUGGUGGAAGCCAGUUUGGCGGCGGCGGAUCCAGCUCGAACUUCCUCGGGUCUGCGGCUGGCUCGCUUUUCGGGAAGAAGUGAGGAAGCGGUGUAUUUAUCAGUUUACCCCUGUGGAUGCGCUUGUUUGAGAGACUGUAUGUGUAUGUGUGUCUGUUGACACUUGUUGCAUCGCACAUCCUGAUGUUGGGUUUUGCUGUUUCGUUGGCGUCUUUACCUUCGCCUCUUGUGUAAUUUUUUUUUUUUUUUU